AUGAAAAUGAGUAUCACCUUAUUAGGUUUUAAAACUAUGUUAACGGAGGAGUUAGGUAACAGUUUAGAAGAAGAUUUAAGACAAAUGGUGAUUUCGAUAACUACACAAGAACUUGAAAAAAUAAAACAAGAACUCAUUUGUUCAUUUAAAGACUCAAAGUCAUUCUCUUUGGAUGGGACACGAUGGUCCAAAAUAAUCAAAACUUUUGCAAAGAUUGUAAAAGAACUAUUUUUAGGACCCGGAGCGGAAACAAAUACGUCGGCAUUUUCAUCCCAACAGGAAAGCAUUCCAAAGGGUAUUUACAAAAUUUGCUAA